GAGAGUGGGAUUUAUAAUGUAUAUAUGGUCGUUGAACAUGUCUCUUGCAUGGCUAGGCACCAAAAAUGCUAUACUCGUAGCAAAACGAAUCUUGAUAUAGUUGCAACGCCCUUUUUUUGGUGAUGGAUUCUUAUUGUUAUGUCCCUUUUGGUACCGAGCCUGAAUGCAAUCAAUUUCGAAUCCUUACCCUAUUGCCCAGCUCAGGGGAACAACCGUUAGAAUGCCUCCUUGAACACGGUGACAUAGGCAAGUCGCCACCCUACGAAGCCAUCUCCUAUGUCUGGGGCGAUCCCAACGAUAAAGUCGGUAUUAUAUGCAAUGGCAAGCCUUUAGCUAUCACCCGUGGCCUUCAUACAGUUUUGCGCCAAUUUCGCUUCCCGGCGGAGACAAGAACCCUGUGGGCAGAUGCGAUCUGUGUAAACCAGGAUGAUAGUACCGAGCGAGGAAACCAAGUUUGUCGUAUGAAAGACAUAUAUUCGAAAGCCGAACGGGUUCUCAUAUGGCUUGGUGAAGAGAAGGACGACUGCGAUAGGGGCAUCGCGGUAGCCUGGGACAUCGCCCACGCCUGUCAUCAGUAUACCUCCUACGGUGGUUCGCUCGCCACUCUCAGUUUCAAUGAUGAGCUUGCAGUUCGGCUAUUUGGAAAGUUCAGGGAUAGGUCUGAAUUCCCACGGCUAUCAGCUUUUGCUCGGAUUAUCGAAAGACUCUGGUUCACGAGGGUCUGGGUAGUCCAAGAGCUUGCCCUAGCAACUGAGGCGAUAGUGUUCUGCGGGAACUCUCACAUCAGUUGGACUGAUCUGCUUGCUGCCAUCACUGCUCAAGAUCAUCUGAACUUGUGGCUUUCUGACCACGAGCGUAACGCAUAUGUCUUUAUCCUGGAGAGGGCACGCGAGGAGUGGUAUGCAGGGAUCCGACGAAGUCUUCUUAGCGUCCUCUUUCGAUAUCGAAUACUCGAUGCUACCGACCCUCGGGAUAAGAUUUUUGGGUUGAACGCUCUAAUAAGAAGCGAACUUUCCGGGACGCGAGCUUUGCAGCCCAACUAUAAUGUUAGCACUGCGGAGCUUUACACUGCCGUGGCGAAAGAGAUACUCGAGAAUUCGUCGGAUCUUAACCUCCUAUCUGUUCCUCGACGUCUCUCUGGUGUCGGUCCUUGUAAUUUGCCGUCUUGGGUACCAGACUGGACUAAUACUCGACUUACCGCGCCUCUAGGCCUGGCAAACUAUUCUGACAUCAACGAGUUAAACUUUAGCGCAAGCGGAUGUUCAAAGCCAGAUAUUGUGCUCGAUGCAGACUCGAACCUUCUCGGUGUCCAAGGUCACUGCGUAGAUCGUAUCGCUGCUGUCGGCGAAGUCCUAAGAUUAGAGCAUCUGCCACGAACGAAUUAUCAUGGCAUCCGUAUUCCAAAGUGUGCCUUCGUGUUAGACGAUUGGUGUCGUGUUGUGGGGCUCUGGGAAUCGGAGCCAUACAUCACUGGCGAACCGGUCCAAGAUGCUUUUGUACAGACAUUAGCAGCAGGAUCGUGUCAUGAAAGCAUUGAAACAUUACGUGCACAACUGGACAUUUUGGAGAGGGACGCUACAAUAGUAAGAUGGCUUAGAUUUUUGCCUGCACAUUUCCCGGGUUGGUUGGUAGAUAAGAUCAUCUACCUAGUUCACGCAGUGCUAUUCCACGACCGGAGCGACCAAAUGGCCCUAGGUUUUAGAAUCCCCUUAUCGUCACUAGCAGACCGCCGAGUGUUCAGAACCGAAAAAGGGUAUAUCGGCUUGGGAUCCGCUUUGGCAGAGGUAGAUGACCAAGUCACUGUCGUGGCAGGGGCUAGAGUGCCUCUUAUUUUGAGGCAAAAGGGGUCACAAUGGACAUUGCAGGGCGACUGCUUUUUAAAUGGGAUUAUGCGAGGCGAGGCAUAUCGCGAAGACGAAACUUCCCAGAUGUGGAUUGUUUAACUUCGUACCUAUAGAUAUAUCACCUACAUCUGAAAGACUACCUAAUUCUUCAGAUGUGGAUUAAGAGGUACCUAAAGUAAAUUCCCCAUCACCGUUGAUUUCCGGAUCUUCGUCGCCCUAUGUGAGGUAGAUCUUGGUUUGCUUAAUCCACAUUAUGUCGCUCAGUUGAACGAAUGCCGAUGACGCUAGAAAGCACCGAUCAAUGGAGCAUUUCUUGUCUCAUCUUCACAAGCAUCAUCUCACCCUGUGGCGGUUGACGAGACGAGCGUGUAUGUUAGGUAUUAUUCACUGUUAUUAUUGUGCAGUGUAUGUACCUAAGGUAUUACUACAGAUAAUUUACUAUGAUACUACUUGAGGCGUACUGGUUGGUCCCCACAUGCUGAAACUCCUGCCAAGAAGACGCUAUAUUCGAGGAGGCGCCCGCGUAACCCACGAUAAACAGGUACAUAGUAUGUACAUGCGGGCGGUUCCUUUUUUUCGCCCCUCCAUGCGGACUAGACCUCUCGUAAAAUUUCU